AAGUUGAACGGUUUGCUUGCGUGGAAGCAGUGAACAAGAUGAUGUUCAUAUAUAACGUGUAGCCAAGGUAGGUGAGCUUUGUUUCCAAGCAUUCAUCCUUGCAAUUCUCUAUCAUGGCAGGCUCUCUUUUCAAGCGCGUUGUGUCGCGUGUGAAAGGUGAGAACGGAAGUGCUACUAUAACCCCGGAUGGCUUUGCGGAGUCGACAACAUUGGACGAAAAGACCGCAGCUGGACUCACUGGUACUGGAAAGAUCGAACCAACAUCCAAGACCUUCGGACUUGAAGUCGGAGAUGAGGAGGUCAAGGCUGGCAGGUCGAGCGAAACAGACAGCGAUGAUUUCGCCGAUGAUGAUGAAGCUAUUCGCGACAUUCCUCUUGCUGUACGACGCAUUGUUUCUAUGACGGAUAACCCGGAGGAGCUCACUCUGACCUUCCGUUACUUUGUUCUGGCUAUCCUUUUCAUUGUUCCUGGCGCUUUCCUCUCCCAGAUGUCAUACUUCAGAACCACGUCGGCAGCCUAUUCGGUUUUCUUUGUCCAGAUUGCAUCAAACUACGUUGGUAUGUGGAUGGCCAAGGUCCUACCAAACAAGAAGAUCCUCGGCAUCAACCUCAACCCCGGUCCUUGGAGUACCAAAGAGCAUGUGCUGGUAACUCUGUCGGCAGCAUCUGGAGCGACCUACAAUCUUGCGUACGCACCAGUAUCUAUCGCAGAGCUGUACUUCAAUGAGCCAAUGAACCCGGCCGUUGCAAUCUUCUUCAUGUGGGCUGUUGUCGUGACUGGAUAUUCGUUCGCUGCCAUCUCGCGUCAAUUCCUGCUGUACGAUCCUCAAUACCCCUGGUUCCAGGCCCUCUGUCAAACAGCUCUCUUCGAGUCCCAGAAGAAGGAAAGAAGCCACCCAACGCCGACAUCGAAGAGACAGAUGAGAAUAUUCUUUGCUGUCUUCUUCGCCGUCGCGGCAUGGCAAUUCCUUCCCGAAUUUGUUUUCCCCAUGGCCGGCAGUCUCGCUUUCCUCUGCUGGGUUGCUCCCAGGAAUGCUACAGCCAACUUCAUCGGUUCUGGUUUCGGAGGCAUGGGUUUCCUCAACCUCAGUCUUGACUGGUCCAACCUCAGUACAAACGGUAACCUCUUCUUGUUGCCUUGGUGGACUCAGGUCAUCAUGUUCCUGGCAUUCGCAUUCAACUGUUGGGUCCUGCUUCCUGCUGCGAAGUGGGGAAAUCUCUCUGAAUACAAGCAUGGUCUCAUGUCGACCAGCGUUCUUCAGGGUAAUGGCACUAAGUAUCCCCUGACGAGUCUUGUCACUGCUCAAGGUACUUUCAACCAAACCGCUUAUGACGAGCAUGGGCCUCUCUACCUUGGCUCUCAGAUGCUGUGGGGUAUCUUCUUCUCCUAUGCGGCUUUCUUGUCUGCCUGGGUAUGGGCUGCUCUGUUUGGUUGGUCUUCGUUCAAACAAGCAUUCUCCAAAUUCAAGAAGAGAAACAGCGAGAGUGACAAAGGCAUCAACCACCAAUACAACGAUCAGAUCAACAUCCUCAUGCGUUCUUACAAAGAAGUCCCACUCUGGUGGUACGGAGCUCUGUUUCUCUGCUCGUUUGUCGCCAUCGUCUCUAUGGCCGCAGCUGGCAAGAUUUACAUUCCUGUUUGGACCUACUUCGUCGCUUUGAUCACAGGCGCCGUGAUAGUCACACCACUUGGCUGGCUCUAUGCCGUCUCCAACUACCAACUUCCCGUGGGCACAUUUAAUGAAUUAAUGUAUGGCGUCAUGGUCAACUCUAUUAGCGGCCACAAGAACCCCACGGGUGCCACAAUUUACUCUUCUAUCGCUGGAGAUGCUUGGUAUAGAGCGCAAUAUAUGCUUCAGGAUCAAAAAAUCGGCCAAUACAUGAAGAUUCCGCCUAAGGCUACGUUCUUUAGCCAGAUAUUCGGCUGUACUAUCGGUGUACCAAUCAACUACGGUGUCGUCAAAUGGGUACUCUCAUCAAAACGCGACAUUCUGCUCGGCCUAGAGAAAGAUCCCACACACCAAUGGACGGCCCAACACCUUUCCUCCUCCCUCUCCACCUCCGUCGAAUACGUCCUCAUCGGCCCAACCAAAAUGUUCCAACAAAGCAGUUUCAAACCCCUACCCUAUGGCUUCAUCGUCGGCGCCUUCGCCCCAAUCCUCAUGUUCGCACUCCACAAAUUCUUCCCCAAAUCGCCAUUGAAGUUUAGAUUGUGGAACACGACCAUCUUCUUCUCGUGUGUGGCCAACUUUUACGGAAACGUCAGUACUGGAUAUACCAGUGCGUUUAUCGGUGGCUUUGUGGUAAUGUUUUGGGCUUUCAGGUAUAGGAAUGAUUUGUGGGCGAGGUAUAAUUAUCUCAUGGGUGCGGCGUUUGAUGCUGGGUAUAACCUUAACUUGCUGUUGGUUUUCCUGUUCUUUGGAAGUGGCAAGAUUAUCAGUAUGCCGUAUUGGUGGGGGAAUAAUGAGCAGAGUAGUGAGAGAUGCUUUGCUUUGGAUUAGAGGAGGGGCAGGAGGAAGCGAUGUAUAUAUGACGAUGACGAUGUUUGGAUGAUAAUUGAAUUCGCUG